AUGUCCACUACUGAAUCUGGUGUCAAAUCUAGAACGCAACCCAAAUGGCUCACACCUGCUGCUAAGGCUACUCCUGUCUUGAAGUUCCAAAACUCACUCACAAAGACAAAGACUGAUUUUAUUCCCAAAGAGGGCAGACGUGUUACUUGGUACAAUUGUGGGCCUACUGUCUACGAUGCUUCUCAUAUGGGUCAUGCCAGAACCUAUUUGAGUAUGGAUAUCAUUCGCCGCGUGCUUGAAGAUUACUUUAAAUACGAUGUUUUGUUUGUACAAAAUGUCACCGAUAUCGACGAUAAGAUCAUUCUGCGUGCACGUCAACAAUAUCUCUUUGAAAACUUGAAGAAAGAAACAACUCAACUAGACGAAAACAUCAUCCGACAAACAGAGGAAGCUUGGUUGGAAUUCGCUAAUGCUAAAUUGAAGAAAUUGGAUGCAUCCCUUGUUAGUUUGGCUACUUCCAACUGGCCAGAAUUCAUCAAGAAGAUGACUCCUGAGGAGGUCGCUAAGGCUCUUGUGUUGGAUGAAAAGUACAAAAUGAUCUCUAGUGCUUUGGAUGCCUCUUAUGUUGCUAUUCAAAAUGCCAAAGCCAAUUUGCAAAAGGGCGUCAGUGGAAAGGAAGCUUCUGAUGAGCUCUUGGUUGCCUCUCAAGACAUCGUUUCAGCUUGGUUAGAUGCCAGAAAAGGUCAAGAGGUGAAUGAUCCCAAAAUUUUCCGUGAUCUUCCUGCUUUCUGGGAACAAGAGUAUUUCAAGGAUAUGGAAGCAUUAAAUGUGCGUGCUCCUGAUGUUCAAACCCGUGUCAGCGAAUACAUCCCCGAAAUCAUUGACUAUGUCCAAAAGAUCAUUGACAAUGGCUAUGCUUACGCUGCCGAUGGAUCCGUCUACUUUGAUACCUCUCGCUAUGAUGGUCAUGCCGGCCAUCACUAUGCCAAGCUUGAACCUUGGUCCAAGGGUGAUACUGCUUUGAUUGAGGAUGGUGAGGGUUCUUUGGGUAGCAAGCUCCAAGGUAAGAAGAGUCCCAACGAUUUUGCAUUAUGGAAGACUUCCAAGCCUGGAGAGCCUGUUUGGGAUUCUCCUUGGUCUCAAGGUCGUCCUGGUUGGCAUAUCGAGUGUUCCGUCAUGGCUAGUGCUGUCCUUGGUGAAAACAUGGACAUUCACUCUGGUGGUGUCGAUUUAGCCUUCCCUCAUCACGAUAACGAACUGGCCCAAUCUGAGGCUCAUUUCGAUUGUAAGCAAUGGGUCAACUACUUUUUGCACGCUGGCCAUCUCCACGUUGAAGGUCAAAAGAUGUCCAAGAGUUUGAAGAACUUUAUCACCAUCAAUGAAGCACUCAAGACAUACACUGCUCGUCAACUCCGUAUCUUCUUCUUGUUGCAUCAAUGGGACGCCAAGAUGGAUUUCAAGAAAUCCAGCAUGCAAGAAACUAUUCAGUUAGAACAAUUCAUGAAGAACUUCUUUGAUAACACCAAGGCUGUUGUAUAUAAGGUUCAGAAUGACGGUUCUCGUGGAGCCACUGAAUUAGCUGACGGCUCCAUUACUCAUCGUUUCAGAGAACCCGAGCAGCAACUAUUGAGAUUGUUACAAGACAAGCAAGAUGCUGUGCACGCUGCUCUCUGUGAUUCUAUCAAUACACCCGUUGUUAUGGACGAACUAGUUGACUUGAUCUCCAACACCAACAAAUACAUGAACGCUAAUGGUGCCAAGGGCGUCAAUAUUCAUAUCUUGAACAAGGUUGCCAAGUGGGUAACUUCCAUGUUGAAGAUCUUUGGUGUCGCUGAUAACGGCGUCGAGAUUGGUUUCGGUGCUUCUGCUGGUCAAGGUUCAGGCAACACUGAAGAAGUGUUGAUGCCCUACUUGCAAGCUCUUUCUUCCUUCAGAGAUCAAGUGAGAAAUGGUGCUCGUAACAAAGUUGAGCAUACUGAAUUCUUAAAGAUGUGUGAUUCCCUUCGUGAUAAUCAAAUGGUUGAUCUCAGUGUAUCGCUAGACGAUCAAGAAGAUGGUGUUGCUCUUGUCAAGCUUGUGCCUCGCGAAGAAUUGAUCCAGGCUCGUGAAAAGAAAUUGGCCAUUGCUGCUGAAAAGGAAGCCAAGAAAGCCGCUGCUGCUGCCGAGCGUGAACGCAAGCGUUUGGAGAAGCUUGAAAAGGGUAAGCUUGCACCUUCUGAAAUGUUCAAGUCUUCAGAUGAAUUCUCCAAGUUUGAUGAGUCUGGAUUCCCCACCCAUAGCAAAGAUGGCGAAGAGGUUACCAAGAGUAGAAAGAAGAAGCUUCAAAAGGAGUUCGACAUGCAAAAGAAACUUCACGAUGAAUACCUCAAGGAAAUGAGUAAAAGCGCAUAA